UUUCUGGGGAGAAAUCCCAGCACGAGCUCAGAGGAAGGGGAGAUUACGUUGAGUGGGACGUGAACACAACUCAAUACUCAAUAUCGGGACCUUCGAGGAGAAUGAGCUGAGGACCUGCUUUCCGAGUCAUGUUGGAACCAGAACUCCAGGCAGGUGGUGGCCUGAGAAUUCUGUGCCUGCUUCCUGAGGACUGCUCCACCAUGCGAUGGCUGAUGAAGUUCCGGGUCCUCUGGGACAUCCACAGAUCCCGCUGUGGCUUCUACCCUGCCCCUCAGUACCUGCGCUGCCAGUCUUUGUCAGGAGCUGGAGCCCCAAGAUGGAAUGACUAUGAUACACCUGAGGAAUUUAACUUUGCAAGUGAUGUACUGGACUACUGGACUCAAAUGGAGAAGGAAGGCAAGAGAGGUCCAAACCCAGCCCUGUGGUGGGUGAAUAAUCAAGGGGAUGAAGUGAACUGGAGUUUCAGAGAGAUGACAGACUUAACCCGUCGUGCAGCCAACGUCUUCACACAGACCUGUGGCCUCCAGGAGGGAGACCAUCUAGCCUUGAUUCUGCCUCGAGUGCCUGAGUGGUGGCUGGUGAUCGUGGCCUGCAUCCGAACAGGGAUCGUCUUCAUGCCAGGGACCACCCAGAUGAAGGCCAAGGACAUUCUCUACCGACUACAAGUGUCUAAAGCCAAGGGCAUCGUGACCACAGAUACCCUUGCCCCAGAGGUGGAUUCUGUGGCUUCUGAGUGUCCUGCUCUGAAAACCAAGCUCCUGGUGUCUGACCACAGCCGUAAAGGGUGGCUGGACUUCCGAUCACUGAUUAGAUCAGAAUCCCCAGUUCACACCUGUAUUAAGUCAAAGACCCUGGACCCAAUGGCCAUCUUCUUCACCAGUGGGACCACAGGCUUCCCCAAGAUGGCAAAGCACAGCCAUGGACUUGCUUUGCGAUCCUUCCUCCCUUCAUGCAGGAAAUUACUGCAGCUGAAGACAUCUGAUGUCCUCUGGUGCCUGUCAGACACAGGCUGGGUUCUGGCUGUCCUGGGGUCUCUGCUUGAACCAUGGACAGCGGGGUCUACAGUCUUUGUCCAUCAUCUGCCCCAGUUUGACCCCAAGGUCAUUGUACAGACUUUAUUCAAAUACCCUAUUACCCAAUGCUUUGCUGCGCCCUCUGUAUUUCGAAUGAUUCUGCAGCAGAAUUCCACCAGCCUCAGGUUCCCCACCCUGGAGCACUGCUGUACUGGUGGGGAGGCCCUGCUGCCCGAGGAGCAAGAGCUGUGGAGAAGACAGACAGGCGUUCUGCUCUAUCAGGCCUACGGACAGUCAGAAACGGGAAUAAGUUGUGGCACUCUCCGGGGGAUGAAGAUCAAGCCAGGUUCCAUGGGGAAGGCCAUCCCACCCUACGACAUUCAGAUCAUUGAUGACAAGGGCAACAUCCUGCCGCCCAACACUGAAGGAAACAUUGGCAUCAGGAUCAAGCCCACCAGGCCCAUAGGUGUCUUCAUGUGCUAUGAGAAUAACCCAGUGAAGACAGCUGAAGUGGAGUGUGGGGACUUUUACAGCAGUGGGGACAGAGCAACCGUUGAUGCAGAAGGCUACUUCUGGUUCCUGGGGAGGGCCGAUGAUGUCAUCAAUGCCUCCGGGUACCGCAUUGGGCCGGCAGAAGUGGAGAACGCCCUGGCAGAGCACCCAGCGGUGGCUGAGUCCGCUGUGGUGAGCAGCCCGGACCCGAUUCGAGGGGAGGUAGUGAAGGCUUUCAUUGUCCUGACCCCAAACUUCCUGUCCCAUGAUCGAGACCAGCUCACCAAGGAGCUGCAGCAGCAUGUGAAGUCAGUGACAGCCCCGUACAAGUACCCAAGGAAGGUGGAGUUUGUCUCAGAGCUGCCCAAAACCAUCACUGGCAAGAUAAAAAGAAGUGAACUCCGGAAGAAGGAGUUUGGUCAGAUGUAAUUGGCAGUAAACUCAGAAACCACUGUGUGAUGUUGGCCAAAUGCCUGGCGGCCUCAGGUUCCUCACGAUGGUGAGGGUGAGGAGAGGACCGCUGAGAGAGUUGACUUGAAAGAGAGCCAGGAGUGUCAACAUUCCAGCAUUUUUGUUCUUUUAAAUUAAUAUCAAUCACUAUCCUUCCUCCAAGUUCCCUGUUCCUUUCAGAUUGCCCAGCUGAGCGCUCAGAAUGGGGCUGAAGCAAAUUAAAUACUGACUCAGCAUC